AUGCUUGGCAUAAUUACUGCAGUUUUAUCAAUUUCCAUGGAUGUUGCUAUUGAAUAUUUGCAGCAUUGUAAAUUACUUAUUCUCUUAAUGAUAAACAUUAGGUCAAACUUAUCAAAUUUGCUCCACUAG